AUGGAGCCGAAGACGGUCGACAUCAACGCCGAGCUGGAGAAGAAGACCACGACGUUGCUGAAGGGUGGCUGGGGCGCCGACGUCGCCAUCGGCGUAUGCAUGCGCGCGGCGCGAGUCGCGCAUGACAAGCGCUGCGAGGUGCUCACGGCCGUCGUGAUCUUGGAGCUCCCGACCGCG